AGUUCCUAAGGCGUCUCUACGUGAAUAUCCGUACGAGUAGCCUGUACGGAGUAGAGGGGCCCUCAACGAGAUGGUCCCAUAUAUCCCACGCUAAGUAUAAGACGAACCCGCGUAAGACUCGGACUCUGAUCAUGGGUUUGCGUCCUUAAGCCUCACAGCUCAAGUCUUCACGAUCUCCAUCUUUUGAUCCUUACAUUCGUUUCUUUACUACCAGGCUGUAUAGACCUGUACAUACUACAGCCAUGGAUUCCACAUUCUCUCUUAGACGCUUUGCCGUCGCUUCGCUCCUUUGUGCUUCUCCCGCUCUUGUCAGCGCGCAGGCCGAGAACAAGGCCGCCGCUCUGCAGUCCUGCUUGACCACCGCCGGUGUCCGCAACGUCAUCAGCACCGAUGCUACCUGGGCCGAUGAGACCACCGGCUUCCAGAAGCGCAUCAAGGUCGACCCGGCUGCCAUCUCCUUCCCCGAGAACAAGGACCAAGUCGCCCUGUCCCUUGACUGCGCUCGGAAUGCUUCCACUUCGGCGUCUCCCCUCGGUGCCGCCCACUCGUUCCAGGCCUACGGCUUCGGAAACUCGGGCAGUUUGGUAAUCAGCAUGGCUGCCUUCAACUCCGUCUCUUUUGACGCCGCUACCAACCGCCUCACCUACGGCGGAGGUUCCCACGUCGGUCCCGUUCUCAAGGACCUUUGGGACAACCACGGCCGCCACUUCCCCCACGUCCGCGGCGCUCAUGUCGGUCUCGCCGGCUCCAGCAUCGGCGGUGGCUAUGGCUCUUCCUCCCGCCACCUGGGUACUCCUAUGGAUAACCUCGAGUCCGUUGAGUACAUGCUGUACAACGGCACCAUCGUCAACGCCGCCAAGGGCUCUGACCUCUUCUGGGCCGCUCAGGGUGCCGGUGCCUCCUACGGUGUCCUUCUGUCCGUGACCACCAACACUCACAAGCCCCUCUUCGACACCGCCGUCAACUUCACCAUCGCCGGCGGCCAGCUCGACUCCACAGCCGCUGCCAAGGCCGUCAUCGCCAUCCAGGAGUUCUCCCUCUCCAAGGACUGCCCUGAUGAACUUGCUCUUCGCUGGUCCCUCAGCGGUCCCCCUUACACCGGCACUGGAUACUUCUACGGCAACCCGGCCGACUUUGACACCGUCAUCGCGCCCCUCGUCACUGCCCUAAAGGCUAUCGGCAGCAACGCCACUGUCGCUAAGACGGAGCUGCCCUUCUGGGACAUGGAGGUCGCCGUCGCCGGCGCCGGCAUGAACCAGCCCAACGGCGGCACCCUCGGCGGCCGCUCCUUCUACACCCAGGCCCUGACCAUCACCACCGACCACCCCCUGACCGAGGCCCAGGCCAAGACCCUCUACGAGAGCACCACCAUUGCCUUCAACCGCACCGACCUCCGCAAGUCCGGUUUCCUUGAUCUCUGGGGCGGCGUCUCGCGCGACAUCUCUGACGCCGACACCGCCUACGCCCACGGCAAGAACCUCUGGCUCAUCCGCUGGGAGGCCAACUCUGUUGAUGCUACCUCCUACCCGGCUGACGGCACUACCUAUAUGAAGGGACUUAUCAAGCCCUUCGAGGAUGCUCUCGUUGCCGGCGGCGCGCCCCUCCGUGGUUUCGUCAACUAUGCCGAUACCGAGCUCUCUGAGGCCGAGUGGAGCUCCCGUCUCUACGGCUCCAACUUUGACCGUCUCAAGCAGCUUAAGACUGUCUACGACCCCGAGGGUGUCUUUGUCAACCACAAGCAGGCCAUCCCCCUUCCUUGAACGGUGGUAGCACACUUUUCAUGAUUCUUGGAUAUACUUUACUAGGGAAUAGCAGGGAAAAUUGACAGAAUACCAGCGGUUUCGACCGGAUUAGCCAAAGAUUGAUUUCAUUUCUCAUCUUCUUCUACCGCCAGUGCCAACAACAGCUUCCAGUGACGUUACCUUGUGAUUGUGUCAUGAACGCGUCUUGGCCGAAAUCCUGUUUGAAUCUUCCAUCGUCGUUUCUAUUCUUCGCAAACUUGUAAACAAUGAAGUUUCAAAAACUCUCCGUCUAAAGUGUCCAUGCUUUCCAACAUGAGGCGUGUCUAACGCGUAGCCCUCUGUGCGGAGAAGAGC